AUGAAUACUUUUAAUUAUCUGCCAUUUUCAAACUUUGAGUCAACUUAUUUUAUUUUAAUAACCGUUUUAUUACUUAAAAAUGUAGUUAUUUCAAUAUGUGUUCCUGGAAGGAACCUUAAUACUCCUCCAAACUGUAAAAAUAAGCUGUUGUUUAUCAAUACACAUUACCCUAAAAUACCUAGAAGUCAAAAAUUCAGUUUAAACUCUGGUUGGGGACUGACAGACAAAUAUUCCUGGAAAGAAACGAAUGAAUAUAUAUAUAUUUCAUCAUCUCUAGGGCCGAAUAUAGACUCAUCGCAUAUUAAAGUAAAUUUAACAAAGGAUUUUAUAAAAGUUGAUAAGCAAGGGAGUAUAAUACCCUUAUUUGAAGGAAAAACUAAGGUGUGUGCACAAUUUCAUAUUUAUUUUAAGGGGAAAAUUGAAGUGGACGAAUCAUUUUGGACUUUGGAAGAACAAAAAGGAACAUCUGAACUCCAAAUAACACUUAAAAAAUCUCAACAAUUUCAACAGGAGUGGUUUGGAGUGCUGGUUAAUGAGAAUGUGCAACUGAAGGAUUAUUAUGGGAACUCGGAUUCAAUGCAAAUCCUGAAGCCCGGAAGGUGA